AUGAAGACGCAAGGAUCUAUGAGCCUAGUGGCAUUGAAUUCCAUGCGGAAGAUCUCCUUGCGGAAUAUUUUCGACUUCGCCAUCCGCGAGGAACAUGAUGAUGUUGAUGAGUUUAGGGAAAUCUAUAUGCCGACAGCAAUCAGUAAUGCAGUGCUAUGGAACCGUGUUUCUUCCAUGGAGAUUCUGCUGGCAUCCGAUUCUAAGCCAGAUUUGACGAGGAGCGAUCUGGGUAAAGCCUCUGCCAUUGCCUUGGCUGUCGGUUGUGGAUCCCCUCAAACAGUCAAACUAAUCUUAGAAAAGAGCACAACCAUGAAGGACGACUCAAAGUCCGAUUUGAUUCAAAUGGCAAUCGAUAACUACAAACACAAAGUAUUAACGUUGCUCAUCAAAUCUGGUAUCGAGUUUGUGAGUGGCGAAGAAAACGAGGCUGGCAAGCUCUCCGUAAGGCCGCAUCUACUCUUCGCCGCUACACACGGUGCGACAGAAUGUGUCCGGAUUUUACUGAGCUAUGCGGUUAAGCCGGACAUCUUGAGCACAGUCAGUUCGGCUCUGUACGGGGCCGUUGAGAACGGAUAUACUGACAUUGCCCGUAUAUUGCUCCAGUAUGAACCAAACCAAGACUUUAACGUGCAACCUCCUGACAAGCCUAUGCUUUUAACGGUGGCAAUCGAGACUGGAGACUCUGAGUUCGUAUCAAUGUUGAUCCAACACGGCGCCGAGGUUAACGCUCUUGACACAUAUUUUGUGAACAUAAAGACACCGCUUUCAAGAGCUUUCUAUGGAUGCCAUUUGGACAUCGCGAAGCUCCUAGUUCAGAACGGAGCAGACAUCAAUCACUCCGACGGUGUUUCAUAUCCUCCGCUAAUCGCCGCCCUCUUUCAUGGCGGCAGUGAAUCGGCUGAAUACAUACUGCAAGACGAAAAAGUUGAUGUCAACCAAGUAGGUCCUGAUGGCCUAACUGCACUCAUCGCUGCUGUCAAAUAUCCCACCAUCGUCCAAGAGUUACUCUCAAAAGGCCUUCCUAUCGACCACGAUAGCAUCCUGGGGACUGCACUCUCCAGGGCUACGCAACUCAAUCUGCCCGAGACAGUUGAAGCUCUCAUCAAACAUAAUGCUAAGCCUGAUCUGGAAUCCUGCUUCUUCCGUCAUUCGAAAUGCGUCAAGCUUCUGCUAGAUGCUGGGGCCAAUGCCUAUUUUCGAAAUAAUAACGGCGACAAUGCACUUGAUAUCCUGCUAGCCGGGGACCAAGGCUACAGACAAGCUGAAGAGUGUUUCAGGCUACUGCUGUCUAAUCGCAAUGGUAGUAAUGCGGGUCAUGUCAACGAGAAGCGCCAGACCCUGCUCCAUUUCAUCCAGAGAAGGACAAGAGUUUCAAUCGUCGAGCUACUACUAGCCUCGGCGGUGGUCCCAAUUGACACUCAGGAUGAAGAUGGAUAUACACCACUGGCUAUCGCCGUCAGAGAGCAAAACCUAAGUGCUGCCAGCAUCUUACAUAUAGUCGUCGUUAACGGCGAUCUGAGCAUUGUUAAAUUUCUCGUUGAUGCUGGGGCCGAUCGCGAGGCAGUUGAUCCCAAGUACGGCAAGUCGUUAUUAUACACUGCAUUCGAUAUUGAAGACGACUGGGGCCUCGAGAAAAUGGUCAAGUAUCUCGUUGACGAAGUCAGGGUACCAAUUAACAAAUUCGGUGGUAGCCUGGGCUAUCCUAUCAUUCGUGCAGUGGUUUUGGUCAGGCACCAUGUCACGAACAUCAUCAGAAUUAUAAAGUUCUUCAUCAGGCGUAAGGCUGACAUCAAUCUCGCUGACAGCCAAGGCAGAACUGCGCUACAUAUUGCCUGUUUAUCACCACCCGAGUGUGUAAGAGUCCUGGUGGCGGCCGGUGCGAAUGUUGACACAAGAGACAAGUAUAGUCGAUUGCCGAUACACUUUGCGGCGGGAACGGAUUCAACACAUAUCGUCGCGUAUCUUUUGGACCAGUAUAAAGAUACGGAUAUCAAUGUGGAAGAUGAGGAUGGUUGGACUCCUCUGAUGUGGGCAGCAAGAUCGGGUUCUGCAGAUGUCAUCACCAUGUUGGUUGAGCGAGGUGCUGACACAGACUUGAGGCAUUUACUGGAGCCCAAGGAGCGCGUCAGAAUCACCUCUGAGGGCAUAGAGGAGUGGGUGAUAACUUCCACAAGAUUGAACCGGGAGACUGGACCUCAUAUUAUGGCAAAAGCUGUUUUAUGGUUGCCAGUGGAAGGUAUUGAACCAUUGUAUGGUGAGGAAGACUCAAAGGGCGAUGAAGAUUUCGACCUCCACGGUGACCACUAA